AAGCUUCAGCACACAUUUGGAUUCAGUCCUGAUUUCCUUUUGGUUUUUUUUUUGUUUGGGAUUUGUAGCAAAAUUUCCAGCUGUUACUCCGCCCGCCGACAUAGAAGUUUGGCAGGCCACUGUAAAAUUGCGAUUUUUCUUGCUCUCUUUGAUGGAACCAACCCAGCCGGUGAAAAGCGUCGGCGGUUUUUCCACACUUGGGAAGAUCUUUCAGCCGGAUGUAUUUCUUUUGAACGUUUAGGAUGCCUGUGCGCAUGUUUUCAACAACACCCCUCUAAAAGCGGAUGUAUUAAUUCCGGAGCGUGCACAGGAAUGGAAGAAAACACACAGGUGUCUCUCGGUGGCGGUUUUUCCUGUUUGGGGCCUUUUUAACUUCCGAAAUUCGAAACAUAUUUGCAAAACGCCUUGCACCUUGGAUAAAUUUUGGAAGCUGCCGAGUGCUUUAAAAAUGACAACCCCGUGGGAAAUUCCCAACUAAGAGGUUUAUUUUGAUAUCCGCAACCAGGUGAGUGAGUUGUGGGUGCUGGAGUUUGGCAAAGAUAAUUUUAAGAGGAAAGUCAAUUACCAAAUUUGACAUUUUAAACAACUGGUAUGCCAUUCCGAAAUGCGAGUCCACAGUCACCACUGCCUUGGGUGAAUGGUAUUAAUGAAAAUAGUUUGCACUGUUGUUUCAGAUAGGCUUGUUCUUGGGGGAAUGGGAUAUGUGAGAAAGGAUCAGAAGGCAAGAAGGGCUGCUAAGGCCAUCUGAUCCGAAGUGAUUGACCCCAUUGACCAUCCUAGGAUAUAUAGGAGUUGAGGAGGAUUUGGGAGGAAGCCGAGAUUGUCUUCCAUGGGGAACUGUCUCCUUUGGAGCAGCUUUGAUGCUCUUCCCAGAAGGACUCGAGAGCUCCUCGUACCGUUCUCGGCUCGUGCCCCUUUCAUACUGCUUACGAUGGCUGAAUUUGUCUGGCGGUGGAGACGGAGGAGGACCUGAUCUGGGGUGCUUGUAAUCCAGCGGCGCUCGAGGCCUUGGCACACGUAGCACGGAGAAACCCUAAGAGCGAGGAGAACCGAGAGGGAACGGGGGACUUGCCUUGCUUCUCCCCUGCCCCACUGACGGCUGUGCCGAGGAAGGUGCCUAAUCCUCAACCAUUUGGCCUGCUGUUGGGACCUGCCGGUGGAGCCAGGAUGCAUUCCUGAGCAGUAUGUGUGGCCGGCGUGCACGGCUGCAGCUGGGAGCAUGAGAAGGGCCCCCCAGUUACAGCUGGUGGUCCUCUGGCCUUGGCUGUGCAUGGCGGCGCUGCAGGUGGGGCUGGCCCUGGUGGCAGCGGAGCGGGCCUCAGCCCAGAAGGCAAUCAUCCAGGUGAUCCCCCUGAAGAUGGAGCCCCUCAUGCUGGAAGGGGUCUUCGCCAGUGUCGCAGAGGUCACCCCGGCGGAAGGCAAGCUGCUGCAGUUCCACCCCCUGUCUCUGUGCAACACCAGUGAGGACGAACACAACAUCCCUGGAUUUGUCUCCAUUGUCAAACUGGAGCGGCCUGAGCGGGACCUUCGCCCGUGCCUCUCCCUGGCCAACAAGGCCAAACUGGCAGGGGAGAGAGGCGCUCAAGCUGUUCUCUUUGACAUCACAGAUGACCAGGGCGCUGCUGACCAGCUCAAGCAGCCACACGGGCUCAACCACCCGGUAGUGCUGAUCUGGGGCCACGACGCCGAGCUUCUGAUGGGCGUAGUGAACAAUAACCGAGAAGCCCACGUGAAGAUUGAGGUGAAGGAGACGCCAGCGUGGCCAGACUACGAUGUUUGGAUACUCCUCACCAUGAUGAGCACCGUACUGCUGAUUGUUUUGGUCUUCAUCAUCCGGACACGGUGUCAGCCAAGCAGAACCCGGAACAACGUGCAGGAAGAGACCCUGCAAGCCAUCAGCCAGCUCGCCACGCGGCGGUAUCGUGCCCCGCCCCGCCGGCAAACACCCACCGGGGACUCCGUGAGCACGUGCAGUUCGGCUCCUGUCUGUGCCAUCUGCUUGGAAGAAUUUAGUGAUGGCCAGGAGCUCCGGAUCAUCACCUGCGCGCACGAGUUCCACCGGGAGUGUGUAGACCUCUGGCUCCGGCAAAACCAAACCUGCCCGCUGUGCAUGUUCAACAUUGUCGAACAAGACCCCUCAGCCGUACCCCUGCAGCCCCGUGAGAAUCCACGCCCCCUGGGAGGCCGGCCGAGGCCACGUUUCUUCCGCCCCCGCCCUGGGCACGCCGUGUACCAUUUCCCGCUGACAUGCCCGCCAAGGCCUUCCAGGAACUGCCCCACGAGGCUGCCCUACGGCCCCCGUUUCUUCCACUCGCCGGAGCUCUCCCAGUUGGAUCUGGGGACCAUGCGUUACUUGCCAUACGGGCCAGUCCGUGCCAACCCCUGGUGCAGCCAUCAGACCCCUUUCGCCCGAGGGCUCUUUGUUCCCCAACACCAGGAGCCUCUGCCGUGCCAGCAGGCAUUCCCGUCCCGGAGACCCUGCCUGCUUCAGCACCAGCCCGCCUGUCGCGGGCUCGUGGUCCCCCUCGCCGCCCAGCUGAGUCAUGCGACUCCUCACCACCGGGGGAUCCGUCACGGGAGGCACCACCAGCACAGCAGCAGCUUGGGGGAGAGCUAUCUCACCGAACCAAGCGGCUACGUCCCUGACGGCCCGGGGAGCGACUCCAGUUCGGGCCCUUGCCACGGCUCCUCCAGCGACUCCAUGCUGAACUGCACGGACGUCAGCCUGCAGGCCAUCCAUGGGAGCCGCUCCACUUUCCGCAGCUCCCUGAGCAGCGAUUACGACCCAUUUUCCUUCUGCAGCUCGGAGAAAUCGGCCACAGAAAGCCGGGUGGAUUUAUCACUAUCUCCAAAGGAGCUGCAGCCCCAGGCGGCAGCAGACUCAGCAGUGCCAAGCAGAGCCCAGCUGGCCAGUAACCACGUCCAUUACCACCACCACCACCACAGACACCACCAUUACAGAUGGAGCCCACAGGACUGUCUGAACGGCAGGCUGGGCCAGGAGCUGGGUCAGCGGAAGGCGAGAUCUCCUCGAGUGAAGGUGGGGUUCCACAGUGGCCUGGCACAAAAAAGGACGGAGAAGAUGCAGCUGCCGGAAGGCACGUCUGCCCCUCAGGAUGCAUCUCAGACUGGCCACUCCUCUUGUCCACAUCCAGGACAUGAGCUCGACGGCUCCGAGACGGUAGCCGACAGCCCAGCUGGCGCCGUUGGGCUACGGACUUCUCAGCAACACUACUUGCAAAUCCAUCCUGGUCAGAGGAAAUGGAAAGCCCCUCUGGAUAUUCCCCAGACCCCUCUCUCAGACGAUUCCCACUUGGCCCCUGGCGGCCAUUUCCCCCUCUGCUCCGGCCAUCUUGGCACUGCCCCAGGGAGUCCGCCUCUCGCGCUGAAUGGUCCCUCGCAACACCGUGUGGCUGGUGUCUCACAGGGCUUUGAUCCGUACUCCAGCACAGAGGCUCAGGAGCAGGGGGCCAAAUCGGACUGCAAUGAGCCCAUGUUUCCAGGGGAACCUUCGGGGACGGACGGCGCAGGAAACAACACAAGCUUUUACCUCUAUGGCCAAAUUCUGCAACACCUUCCGGGAUCCAAAGAAGAGAUCUCCGGUGUAUAUGAACAUUCAGUUUGACAGGAAGUAGACUUAUCUGCACGGACGGCCAGAGAGGGCCCAGCCCUUCAGGAGUCCAGUGAGGAUUUGCUUGCACGCUCGUGGGGCCCCACACUGUAUUGGGGCACUAGCUAGUUUUGGGAAGCAGCCUCUCCGGGCAAUCCCCUCCCUCCUUCCCUCCCUCCCACAAGGCUGCCGUAAUAUUCUGGUCACACAACUCUCGCUGCUUUCCUUGACCCCAAACUCACGUGCCAAACCUAACUGCCGGGAUCAGUUGCCCAUUUUCGGGAGCUGCCUUCUUGAAGAUGGUUCCAGCCGUCAAGCUUCUCUUGGAGGAGGAGCGGAGAGGUUUUGUGCCCCAAAGGUGCAUCAGACCUAAGAUCUUUUUUUAAAAAAGAAUGUACCUAUAUUUUAUUUGUGGCAUGUAAAUGUGGGGAGGUGGUGUGUACGGGGUUCUGCACAGAUACAGCGGAUUCUUCUGUGAUGGUAGCCACGGAAAACAGCGUAGCAACGAUCCUAGAAACCGUUGCCAACUUGGUCUGUGCACAGCCCCGCUAGUCAUACAAACGCUUGCCCCGUAAGAUUGCGGACACACACUUGCGGGUGCGAGCGUGUGGGGGAAAGAGAGUGUAUAGGCUGGCCCAAAGCUGUUCAUAGUAUGGGGUGCGGAAAGGUGAGGUCUCCAUCUUCGGAAGAUGCAAAGUGAGCGCACCUUUGAACAAUCUCUGGAGAAGGUUUCUAGCUCAUUUUGGACCCAGUCUCUCAAGAUGUCCUGAGAAGCAUCCCCUCCUGGAGGAGGCCUUGAGUUGCUUAUGGCAAAUGCUUCUGACCCUCGUGGCAACUGGCAAGGAACAAGGUGGCCAGUUCAACAUUUCAAAAAUCAGGGAAUGCCCCAGAGCUGUGGGGCACGCCUUCAGAUAGUCAUUGCCUUCUUCCUGGCGGUUCUGUGGGGUGUCUUGUUUUUCUGCUGCACUGCAAGUCUCUGUUGAAUGGAGCUGCCCAAUGGAGGAGUGAAAUGGCUAGAGCCUCUUUGCCCUACUUACUUUAAAAAGGCACAUUUUCAUGAUCAGGGUGAUGUCAGUUGAAUCGUUUUACGAUUUCCUGGGAAUCUGGAUCUCCUGCCACGGGAAUCCAGACCGAGCUGGAAUCGACUAUCUCAGCUCAGAUCCUAGAUUACGGAUCUGGGCUCAAUCAGAGUUUGCUGCGACGGCAAAUCUGGGUUCCUGGUGAAAUUCCGGGUUCUCCUAACACACACUGCAGGAGUGGGCACACCUCCAGGAUCCCAGAUUCCCACUUCAACGUACAUCAUCCUGGUUGUGAGAAUGUGUCCAAAGUUGCUCAGACACUGGGACCAUAUUUCGGGGUGGGGUGGGGGGAGAAGUAACACUAUAACACUGGAACAAAGGAAGGUGCCUUCUACUGAGUCAGACCCUUGGCCCAUCUAGCUCAGUACUUUCUACACUGACUGGCAGCAGCUUUUUGGGAUUUCAGGCAGGAGUCUUUCCCAAGCUUACCUGGAGAUGCUGCUAGGGUUUGAAUCUGCAGUCUUAGAUAUUUCAAAAACUUCUCCCCAAGAACACUGAAGGCACGGGCACAAAAUCUGACUUCCGUGUUGUUUUGAUCCAAUUUGAAAUGCAGACCUUCGAAAGGAGGGGAAACCUACAGACCCAAAGGUUGGCCGAGUUCUGCAGACAGCCGGAUUUACCGUGGGUUUUCUGCGAGGUUUUACUGUGAACUCGAAGUCGCCCAAAAAAACGGACGCAAGAAGUGCAUUUUAAAAAACACCCCGGAUCUAAACCGGACUGCACCCUAAUAUGCAGUGAAAAACCCGAAUUGUGUGUGGAGUGCUCCCCAACAGCUCGCAGGGACUUGGGGGUAAAUCUGGCCGCUAUGUGGACGCACCCCCUCCAUUCCGGAGGAGAUGCGAGUUAAAGGGCUUUAAAAGCCCACCAUCCCACUCACACUAAUGUAUUAACAGGCAAGUGAUGGAUUACAAUCAUAGCCAACUGGCCCUCUGUUUUUGCCAGAGGGGUUGAAUCUCCUCCUUUGGGUCUCCGGUCAGCUCUCCUCCUUCGGGGGCUUUAUUCCCCAGUCUCUGCCGACUGCUGUGCCAGUGAUCAAAGGCGAAAGGGGCACCCCUGGAAAUCCCAGCGCUUUGCCGCCCUCUGUCUCUGCUCCUCCCCCCUGGCAACCUCAGACCCUUUGAAAUGUGAAACAAGGAUUUUUAUUUUUAUUUUGUACUUCGAGAUUUUCUAAGCCGACUUUGCAGGCACUUGGGUACUUUUGUAAGCCAAAAAGGAAUAAUGUUGAUGUAUAUACAUAUGGGAAAGUAUAUUUAUGUCUAAGAGACAGAGAUUGUUUGACUAUGGGGACAUGCUUAAACCUAUUUAUUUUGCUAAUAUAUUUAUCCACAUGUUCAUGUGGCCUGGUUUUGUUUUGUUUUUUGGUUGUUUUCUCCCCUUCUGUAUAAAGCCAUUGGGUGCCUGUGUUCGAGAGACGCCUCUUCCUCAUUCCUCAGAAAUAAAUUAUUUUUAGUCUCUGUA